AUGGCUCCUAAGCCUCCAAUACUACCGGGCAAGUACCAAUACGUAAAGCGGCUGGAGGUGUUUCCUGAGAGAUCGUCUAUAUUUGACAGGUGUUCACAUGGUGACAACCGCAAUGACGCCUCUAGGAAUGAGGCGAGUGCCGUAGAAAAUGGUGCUCGUGGCGGUGACAAUGAUAACACCUUGGAGAGGAAAUACCCAUACGACUGGAUAACAGAAAUGGCGAGUGCAGUUGCCGACGACAAACUCGAUAUUUUCAGAUGGGACAUGAAAACGUGCGUACCUGGUUCGCUCUUAGGAACCCAUGGGGUUAUUGCACUCAAGCAAAGAUCGCUGCGACGGUUGUUACUUGAAACUGCAUCGUGUUGCUAUCUUCGAAACGUUGGAACGUUCUUCAACAGAGAACCUAACCAGAUGAUAGAUUUGUCAGGCUUCCGUAUGCUUGAGCAAAUAGAUUGGACGACUCCAAAUGCAGUAUUUAUUGCUACGCUCUCCAUCGCUAUCAAGCAAAACGUAGGGCACUUGAGAAGGCUUCACCUGCACUUUGAGGAUUGGAAAAGGUUCGAACCUAGAAUACGAGAGGUCCAGUUCCUCGCCAAUGUCAGCGAAGAUGAACCCAUCGAGGUUGAGUUCGCUAACCGAUUAUUCAACGCGCCGAGCCUGAAAGAGUACCCCACUAGACACCUGUUUCCCGAGCUUCGUGAUCUGUUUUUGUCAGACGUGCCCCUUUCGAGAGAACUGGCGAGUGCAAUCGAUUUCCAGUCACUUCAAUCCCUUGGGCUUCACUCAUGUCCGGGUUGGGAUCAAUUUCUGCUGCGUUCCCUAGGCGAACUCGAAACCCAUCAGAAACUGAAGACACUUGAGAUACGAGACGACUGGAUUGAACCAACUACAAUAGAGCGCAUCCUCAAUCAAAUAACUUCCUCCAUCAGCAGACUAGAAGCGCUCUUCCUAAACCAUCUAGCACCAGUUGGAACACUGAAGAUGUGGGAAAAUAUUGCUCGUUAUCAAGGAGACCUGCGGCAUUUUGUCCACCACCAACGUCAAAUUACUCCAAAGAGCACCAAAUCCUGUUUAUACGGCAUGGGCGAAGAUUUUGGAAGCUUAUCUCUCCCUAGUGAGGAGUUGAUAGAUCAGCAAUUCUCAGGUCUCAAUCUUGAAUCCAUCGGUUUAUCAUGCGAACCCAAAUACUUCCUUAAGCUACUCCCUUCUUUGAGAAAAAUGUCGUCCUUGAAAGUGAUUCACAUUCGUCGCUCCUAUUAUGAUUACCAAGACUGCUGGGCCGCUUUUGACGAUAAAUAUCACAUGCGGAAGCUGACUCCUGGAACACUGAGGCCUGAAUUCCGGGAGUUUAUUGAGACAGUAUUUGGGGCUGAAGGCUUGCCUUCAGUUGAGGUAAUUGUUUAUGGCCAAACCUCUUAUUGUGGGUUGUACAUUUUUGAGAGAAGCUGGAGUUCAUCUUCCGGUGACGCUCAUUGGCUUGAAGACAAUCCCCAGCACAAAGCGCUGAUGGACAAAUAUCGACACACUUUUGAGGCAUGCAGAACGAGGACCAGAAGAUUGGGAAUCCCUGCUACGGGGUCUAUUUAA